AUGCCAAACGCACAAAACGGGGAUACCGGGUCGCAUGCCGAAGCCGAUCUUGCCCAGGCGUUCAAGGAACUGCAGCGAGGGGAGCAGACGGCAGCCGCUCUAGAGGCCCACCUCGAUUCCAUAGAGAAGAAGAUUGAAGCUCUCCUUGCGCAAGCAGAAAAUGCAGAGAAGGAGUUGAAGGACAGCAAGGCGGACGACAAGCAAUCAUCGAAAGCAGACAAGAAUGCCUCAUGA